GCUGCCGUGGCAAUCGAACGCUACGCCGAGUGCCUGCGCGACGGCGUCGAGGGGGCCCACGACGCGCCGCGCGAGGCCUGGGCUGGCAUGCGUUGGAGCGGACGCGCGCGCGACCACUCGGGCGGCGACGAUAGCGAGAAUACGACGGCGUUUCCGAAGCAGGGACCAACCCUGCCAUUGAAGCCAGGCCGCUGGAACACCAGCUCGGACACGGGCAGGGAGGCCGUCUUAGGGGAUCAUGCCCGGGCGCGGGCGGAGACGGUCGAGGCCGCAGCCCCUCGCGCGCCGCAGGCCUUUCGCCCGGAAAGGACUGGCAUCGCAGGCUGCCCCGACGAGCCGCGCGAGGACAUGGGCGAUUCCAGCAUCCCUCGCCAGCCGGGGCUGAACGCGACGGGGCAGGUCACGCGCCCCACGUGGGAAAGAUAUGAUGGCUGGAUCUGGGCCAAGGACGCGCUGAGUAACGUCUGGGGAGGACAUGGUUGCGACGCGGUCCAGCACUGGAUGCGAGGUUACGACGACAAUUCUAUCUCCUGGCUGAUGCUGAGAGCCGCCAACAUGACGGACAGUUCAGGUCUUCACAUUUUAAUCAUCUCGCUUUUGUUGCGAGAUCAGGCCACAGCGUGGCGAUCUUCCAUCCGCAUUGUGCUGGCCGAGGGCACCGACGGCAUCGCCCCGACCAAGUGCUUCAUCCACUUGGUGGAUCAGCCCGAACUCUACGUCAACAGUGCACGUCAGAAGCCCCGAUUCUUUCGCGCACAGCACCAGCCCGAGAUCCAGUUGAGCACGGCCAGCGCCGACGUCCAGCUUGUCUACCAGACCACCCGGCAUUGGACCGCGAGCAAGGGGCGG